AUGGGGAAUGCUAUAUCAAAUGGGAAGUUGAUAUCUCCAAUAUCUAUCGAUGCUUAGAUAAAAGAGUCACAAUUGAUUCUCAGAUUUAUGUUAGAUCAAAAGAAAUUAUUGGCACAAAAAAAUACCAUACCAAAAGAUUUUGAUCAAUAGCUAUCAUAAUUAAUUAAAGAAUUAAAAGUAGAGCCAAAGCUACUUCAGCAAUUCUAAAACACUCCUUAAAGUAAUAAGAAAUAAUUUAGUUAGACUUUAAAUGUUUAAUACUAAAUGAAUAUUAAAAUAUCAUAGGAAAGAAUUUAUUAUUAAAUAUACCAAGUGAUGAAGUUAGCUAUUUCAGUUAAAAAUUAGCUAAGCCUACACUCUAAGAUUUAGAAUAACUUAGAAGAUAUCUAAAAAAUUUGUAGAUUUAAGAAUAAUAAGAUUAAUUAGAGUAGUUUAAUACUGUAAUAAAUUUGCUUCUAGAAAAUUUAUUUAGAUAUUAUUAAUAAACUCAAUAGACAAUUGAAAAAAAGAAGGCUCCUUGUUAUUUAUAUUAAAUUGAGAUUUUAAACAUUAUAGAAAUCUUAGUAAAGAUAGAAAAAAACUAAUAAUAAAUGUUGUAAAUUCCAGAUUCCAUGGAUAUAAUUUUAAAAAACUUACAUCCAGUUCAUGUUGAAUUAACAACAACAGCAUUAGAAAUUGCAUCUCAUCUGUGUUGGCAUACAGAUGAAGGAUAUAAUUGGGUAUUGAAAAGUUUAAAUAAAUUAUAUGAGGAAAACGAAAUUAUAUUUUUUGUAAAUACUUUAAAAAAAAGUAGAAAUGCUGUAAUGAUUGAAACAAUAUGCGCAUUUAUAGUAAUUCUUACUGAAUCUCCAACAUAGGAAGAAGAGAGGAAAAGAAUGCGUCAAUAAUUCAUAACUUCAGGAAUGACAGAUAUAUAUAAAAUGAUCAUUAAUAAAAUAGAAGAAUUUGAAUUCAAAGCAGAUGAGUUAAGAUUUGAGGUUGUCUUAUAAUAAAUAAUUGAGCAUAAUAAAUAAAAACAUUAAUUGUAAGCAGACCCAAAUUAUAUUGAAGAAAUUAAAUUACCAAUGCUAUAUUAGAGAGAAUCUAGAAAAUGUUAUGAUGUUUAAGAAUUUACUAAUACCAUUAAAAAUAUUGAAGGCUAAAUAGAUGCAUUUUUAGAAAAUAAUAAAGAUCUUUCUAAUAAUAAAGAACUCCCUGUUUAAUAAUAAUAGGAACCAAAAAAAUAGGAAGUGAAAUAACAUGCAAAACAUUUAAAAUCUACUUUCCUUACUCCUUAGUAUUUAAAUAUAAUUUAAGAUGAGAUGGGAAAAGCUAAUUUAACAAAUUUGUAAAGAGCAGUUGAAAAUAUUAAACAUGAAUCUAAAAUUAGAGGAAGUUAAAUUGUUACUGAUUUUGCAGAUGGAAUUUCAAAAUACAUUGAUAAACUCCAUUAACCUACAUAAAAAGAAAAUGAUGGUUAAGAAAAUUCAUAACUUGAGACAAUGAAAUCAUAAAUUGAAGAUUUACAUGAAAAAAUUGUUAGUUUAGAAAAUGAAAUUAAAGAUUUAAAUACCAAAAAAUAGUCAAAUGAGGCAUUUGUUGAUGUUUUAUAAAGAAAAAUAGGUGAUUUAGAAAAAAAAUUAAAAUCAGAUUAAUCUAAUUAUUCUUAAUUAAAUGAAUAGUUAGCUUCAAAAAAUAAAGAUUAUAGAGCUCUUUAGUAAGAAAAUGAAUCUUAAUAGAAGUCAAUUUAGUAAUUAGAAAAUGAAGUUAAUUAAUUAAAGGAAAAAUUAUCUAUUAUGUAAUUGGCUAAAGCUUAAAAGAUGGAAUUAGAGAUCCCUCCUUAAAGGCAUUCUCACAAACCAGAUACUAAUAAUGAAGAAAUCAAAUAAUAAUUAGAACAACUUAAAUAAGAUUUUCAUUAGUAAAAUUAAAAAUUAAAUAAUUAAGAAAAUGAAAUAAAAAGUAAGUAUAUAAUAAUUAUAAAUAGAAUUUUAAUAGUAAUUAAAAGAAUAGAGUGAAAAUUUAUAAACAAAAGAGAUUUAAUUAACAGAGAAAAAUAAGGAAUGUAGAGAAUUAUAAGCAACAAAUGAAAAAUUGAUAAAAAAAAAAUAUGCUAAAAAAUUAUAAUUGCAAUAAUUGAGGGAGAAAAUAUAAUCUGUAAAUUAUGUAAAAUCUUAAGCAACAAAAAUAUAAAGUGAGCUUAAAACAAUAGAUUAAUAUUAAGAAGAACUUGGAAGAUUAAAUAUUAUAAUAGAGGAGUAAGCAAUAGUUUUAGAAUAAUAAAAAAUUGAUAAAUAAAAAAUUAAUGAAAUGAAUGAAAGAAUAAAAGAGUAUGAAUAAAAAGUGCAUUAGAUUGAAGAUGAAAAUAAAAGUAUAAUAAAAUAAAUAAUAUAAUAGAAUAGCAAGUAAAUACAUAAACUUUGCUUGAUAAAAUAUAAUAACUAUAAAAGGAGAAAGAAAUAUUAGAAUAGUAAUUGCUAAAACAACAAUAAAGCAUAUAAAUUAAUGCAUAAUCUAAUAAUACAUUUAUACCACCCCCAUAAUCUGGAUAAAAUUAAACAAAUGCAUUUAUACCCCCUCCACCACCACCUCCUCCUGGCAGUUAAAAAACAUUACCUCCUCCACCACCACCUCCACCUCCUCCUCCUGGUGGUUAAAAAACAUUACCUCCUCCUCCACCACCACCACCACCUCCUCCUUCUGGUGGUAAAGGUGCUCCUCCACCUCCACCUCCUCCUCCUCCACCACCUCCAGGUUCAAAAACAGGACCUCCUCCACCACCACCUCCACCUCCUCCUGGUGGCAAAAGUGCUCCACCACCUCCUCCUCCUCCUGGAGGAUCUAGACCACCAGGACCUCCUCCUCCUCCAGGCCCAAGACCGCCAGGAGGUCCAGAUCCUUAAUUUGGUAUUGCUACUGGAAAAUAAAAACAUAAACCUAAUGUUUAACUUAAACAAGUUCCAUGGAUCAUUAUCAAACCAGAAUAAAUUAAAAAUACUAUUUGGGAAUCAAUUGAUGAUACUAAAUUAAAAUUAGAUUUCUCUAUUAUUGAAAAUCUUUUUGCUGUUAAACCAACUUCAAGCAAUUAAAAUACUUAAAGUGCUAGUGGAAUUUAACCUUAAAAACCAGCUAAAAUUUCUAUGUUAGGACCUGAAAGAGUUAAAAAUUUAGAAAUCGUAUUAGGUAAACUUAAAAUGUCAAAUUAAUUAAUUGUAGAUAAUCUUUAUCUGUAAAUUUAUUCAAUCUUAUUCUUAGACUUGAUGAAACAGUAUUAAAACCAAAUAUAGUUGAAUCUCUUAUUACGGCUAUGCCAAAUGAAACUGAAAUUGGCUUAUGGCAAGAUUCUGAUUAAUCUAAUUUAGCUUUACCUGAUAUUUUUUGUAUUAAUAUUAGUUCUGUAAAAGGCUAUGAUUUUAGGUUAUUUAUUUAAUAUAAUUUAGAUUGUUAUCAUUAAAAUUUAAAUUUAAUUACAAAGAAUUAGCAGAAGAUUUAUAAUCUAAAAUUAACAGUUUUUAAAAAUUGAUAUAAAAGACAAAAACUGACAAGAAUACAAAAAUUAUUAUGGAAUAUGCUUUAGCUGCAGGAAAUUAUAUGAAUGGUUAAUCUGCUAGGGGAGGUGCAUAUGGUUUUAAAUUUGAUAUGAUGGAAAAAUUAGCUGAUGUUAAAACUACAGAUAAUAAAAGCAGUUUAUUAAUGUUUAUUAUAUAAAGAGCUGAGGAAGAUUUAAAAUAAGAAUUAGUUUUGAUUGAUGAAUCCUUAGAUGAUAUUGAAUUAGCUGGUAACUAAUUUAUACUAUAAAAUAUAGCUAAAACACCUUUAACUCAAUUAGGAGCUGAUUUAAAUGAACUUAAAAAAAAUUCUAAAAUUAUAGAUAAGGCUAUAAAAUCAAAAGUUCCACCUCCAACUUAAGAUUUAGUCGAAGAAAAACUAUAGGAUUUUUAUUAAUAAGUUAUUUCAUAAUUAGCUGAAUAUGAAAUAUAAUUAAAAUCACUUGAAACAUAAUAUGAUGAACUUUCAAAUUAUUUUGCUGAAACAAAAGUUCCUUUUGAUAAGUUUUUUGAAAAGUUUUAUAAAUAUAAAAAUGUACUGAGGUAAGCUAAACAAAAUAUUGCUAAAAUUAAAUUAGCUGAGUAAAAAGAAUUAGAAAAGAAAAAAAAAUUAGAAUAGCAACAGUAAAAUUAAUAAUUAUAGCGUUAAAAUCAAUAACAAUAAUAGCCAUAAUAAUAAUUAGAAUAAUCAUAAGUAAAAAAAAAAUUGGAGGGUAUAAAUUAUAUUAUUUUAAGACAACUCUUUAUCUGGAUUAAAGAAACUUGAUAAAGCCUAAAUUUUAAAUGAAGUUGCAAAAAGAAGAGAAUCAAAAAAAAAUAGUAUUCUGUAAUUAACUAAUUUUUUGGUUAAGCAAUAAAUUUAACCAUCUUAAACAUUAACUCAAGAUAAUUGA